CGAGUAUCUUCGGUCUUCCCGAUCCGCCCGAAAUCGAAAGCGAGAAAAAACAAAACAAAACGGCCUCCCUUGCCGCCGGCGACCGCCGCCAUGGACGACGCCGCGAAGGCGGAGAGGGACCCAGCGUGGUGGGGCCGCCGCGCGUGGUCGCUCCUCUCGGCCGUCCGCGCGCGGGCGCCGCUGGUGCAGUGCAUCACCAACCUCGUCUCCAUGGACAUCGCCGCCAACGCGCUCCUUGCCGCGGGGGCGUCCCCGGCGAUGGUCCACUCCCUCCGCGAGGUGCCCGACUUCACCCCGCGCUGCGACGCCGUGUACGUCAACGUCGGCACGCUCUCCGAGGACUGGCUCCCCUCGAUGCGCGCCGCGGCCUCGUCCGGCCGGCCCUGGGUGCUCGACCCCGUCGCCGCCGCCGCCUCCGGGUUCCGGAUGGAGGCCUGCCUCGAGCUCCUCGCGCUCCGCCCCGCCGUCGUCAGGGGGAACGCCUCCGAGAUCCUCGCGGUCGCCGACUGCUCGGUAGCCGCCUCGUCCAACUUCAAGGGCGCCGACAGUUCACAUGAGUCUGUGGAUGCCCUUGAAGCAGCAAAAGCAUUAGCACUGUCCAGCGGUUCUGUCGUUGCGGUAUCUGGAGCUGUUGAUUUCAUCACCAACGGGGAGCAGGUUGUCGGAGCAAGUAACGGUGUACCCAUGAUGCAGAAGAUCACAGCAACAGGGUGCGCCGUGACCGCCCUCAUUGCAGCUUUUGUUGCCAUCGAACCUUCAGAUGCUCUUGUUGCGGCAGCAUGCGCUCUUGCCAUCUUUGGCCUGGCGGGAGAGAUCGGGAUGGAGUCAUCCAAGGGCCCUGCCUCUCUCAGGAUGCACCUCAUUGACACUCUCUACUGCCUCGAUGAGGAAACAGUUACCUCUCGAGUCAAGAUUGCUCUACGACCAUGAUAUACACGCCUGCCAUGGCCACCACUAGGUAAACGCAGAGUUGUUGGAAUAAUGAGCAGGUUGAGUUUGAUUUCUGUCUUCACAAACCAUGAAUCCGUGAUAUGAAGCAAAUCGGUCAAUUGGUCGUUGGCUCGUUGCUCGUCCAGUAAACCAUAUAAACACUCUUGUGAUCGGGACUGUAUUUCGUGCUUCAGCUGCAGGGUUUUAGUAGAAUGCAAUAUCACUGGAUGCUGUUCUGUUUGUUUGUUGCUGUUGGUAUGUGAGGAAGUUUGUUCUUGACAAGUCAAAAACGAAAAUGUAUCACCGGAUGUGUGUUUUGUUUGCUUGUCGCUUGCCUUUAAGCCUGUUGGAGUGGGCGGGGACAUAUGAAAAAAAGUUAAUUAAAUAAGUGUCUGUAACAGGCUACAAACAACAUUGUUGAGAUGGCCGAGUUGGUCUAAGGCGCCAGAUUAAGGUUCUGGUCCGAAA